GAAGAAACUGAAUGAAAGGGACGUACGGGAAGACUUUUGGUUUUUGUGGUCGCCAAUUCGGCAUCGUGGGCUGUGGACGCUCUAACCCCAGCACCGUCCACCACCUCGACUAGACGACCCAGCAGCUGAAGGAUAUAUCUUCCGGUUGUUGCUUCCCAUUCCUAUUUACUAUUUACCAAGUUACAAAUAUUAUUAUAUUCCACUCUAAACUUCAUCCAUAUAAUACUUGAUCGCCUCUCUCUCUCCCUAUUCGCGUAUGAAUCAACGACAUUGCUGCUGGCUGACGAGAGUGCGAAUUUGUAGCCUGAGAGCCACCAUAUAUCUCGAGUGUGGCGCAAUCUCAUCUUCUGAAAAAUUGUAUCGGGUUGUUGUCAAUGUUCGGGUGAAACGAAGUUCGGUGGAAUCUGUGAUCCGUUCAUCGUGUUUUGGAAGAAGUAAAAAACGUAUAUAUCUGACAUUUCUUAUUUCGGUGGGGGCGGAUGAACAAAUAUUAUUGUGUAUGAAAUUUAUUCGGCAUGUGAAAUUGUUCUGAUGACAAAUUAUGACCUGAUCUGGAGUGCCUAGUGCCUGUUGGAAAUUAUUACUAAUUUCACCAGAAGCCUUUGAUGUGAUUGUGAUGACAAAAUGAAAUGAGAUAUCCCAUGUUUCACUCUUAUACAUUAUAUGAGCCUUUUUUACACGAUAUAUGUACCCAAGAUUUAUCGUUUGUUAUAUUCGAUCAGAGUUGAUGAUAACUUUGCCUGCCACUUCAUAUUCACGAAUUUUAACCGUAAUACUACAGUUGUAAUCGACUGAAUCAAACCGAAACCACCAUGUCUUUCAGCAACUCUUACCAUGAUCUCGACCAAAACCUUCCAAUGAAAUGCAAUGGAGUUCAGCAUCCUUCAGCCGACCCGAUUUUAAACUAUAAUGAAUACGCAACCUAUGUAUCUACUAAGUUUGAAACGGAAAGAAACCAAAGAAUUCAAGAUAUUAGAAAAAACAAGCCUGUCUCCUCAAUAGAACAUUACACUGAUAAAUUUUUGACGCAGGAACUCUUCUCUUUGUACGGAUCAAUGGAUGAAUCUCAUCCAAAGUUCAAAUUACUCUUUAAAAACUACAAAGAAGAAAGGUUGGAACAGGUCAGAGACUGGAUAAGGGAAGAAACUGAAAUUGUUGUGCAUGAUGAUGUAACCUCAAUUCAACCAACUUUUUUUGACCUCACCAUGAUAGAAGAAGAUGAUAAUCAUAGCAAUAAUGCACAUGCUACAUCAAAGGAUUCUAUAUUUUUCCCAGAAUCAAACCCUUUUCAGAUUUCUUUAUACAACAUUCCCAUCUCGAUUGACCCAUUUGUUUUACCAAGAAGGAAGAAAUCUGCCAAAGACAUAAAAAAUGAGUAUGUCACACAAAAAAGGACUCUUGACGGACUGGUCCAAUUUGAUCCGGAUAUUAAUUUGGACAAAAUCACCGUUCCGUCCGCCUGUCUAAGGGGUAUGGGACAAGAACUCGUAAACCAGAUUAUCUCCAUCGUGAGGAAAUAUCCAACCGGGAUUACGGCCAAAAGUCUUUCCACCGAGCUUAGAAAACUAAGCAUCAGGAAAUUGUCACCUUCUGCCAACUAUGAAGAAUUAAUAAGCAAAUAUGGCCAGCAAUUGUGUUUCAUGCAAAAAAUUUGUUCAGAAUAUCCAGAAGUUCUAUAUUUUCCCAAAUGCCUUGAUGGACUUAUUGUAACUCCGAUACAAAUGUUUUCAAACAUUUGGCACAAGCUGCAAAUCAUUGUUAACUGGAAAUUCGGCAUUGUUAAACUUUCCAAAGCGUUUAUUCUUUGUUGUGAUAUCUUUGGUUGGGCACGUAUUUCUGUUUCUCAUUGGGGUUUCAAAAAUGAGGUUCAUUUUAUUCAAUUUUUAGUGCAUUACUUUGGGGGCAAUUUUAAAAUAAUUAGUGAACUCGACAUCAAAAAUAAGGGGAGGGAAGAUGUUUUCUAUUUGAUAUCUGUUUCAACUCAAAAACAAAAACAGCUUAUGUCUUCCCUUGUGCCACUGCGUACAUCAAAAGAAACUUUGCAUCAAGAAGGGAGAAAUUAUGAUUCAUCUAGACAAAAUCCUCUCCAAACAUCAAGACAAGGACAAAUAGUGACAAAUAAACACCAUUAUGGGGAAGAAAUGAAAACAAGUGACAGCAAUAAUCCCGGUUGUUGGAAUCCAAAUGUUCGGCAUCCUCCUCUUCAUAAUACUCACCCAGACACACGCCCUGGCAAGCCAUAUUUUUCACACCCCCAACAAGACACUCCAAAAUCGUCGCCAAGCUUUCAAUCAGUUCCAUCCAAGUGGGGAGAAACCCCACAAAAUAUGUGGAAACCAACAGCAGCAAUGAAAACAGGCCAGCAAAGCAGCGUUGCAAGUACCAAUGGUUUCCCCGCAUUGGGCGAAGUUCAAGUCGCGAAAAAAUCUGGCAAACAUAACAAUCCAAAACCUAAAUCAUGGAAUAAAUUGUUUUAACGCUUAUUACAUAUGAGCUUUGAAUACCUAUGAUAGCCAAAUUUUCUAUGCCUUUAUAAAUUAUUUACUCAACAUGUACAUGUGUAAGUCAUAAUAUGAUUUCUCAAAAAUUCGUAACCCAAUAAAAUCGACAUAAAUUGCCAAA